AAAUAUUUUUUCAUCUGUGUUCGAUUAUUGAUUCGUGUGUUUAUUCGUCGUAAAGAUUGUUAUUUAUUUUGUGGUGUUUCUAUAACAUAAUCAUUAUUAAUUAGUUCUGCAUUUCUUUCACUAGACAUAUAACACACAGUAAGAGUAAGAAUCAAGUUUGCAUAAGUACCUGUAGCUUUUAGUUUAUCAUUUCAAUCCGUGCAGUUGUGUUCACAUAAAAAAAUGAAUUAUGAGACAAAUAGACUUAAUACAUUUACCGAUUGGCCUUCAUCAGCACCCGUAGAUCCUAUACGAAUUGCUAAAGCAGGGUUUUUCUAUACGGGCGAAGGUACAGAAGUGAAGUGCUUUUGUUGUAGUAGUAAGAUAUCACAGUGGAAUUAUGGAGACCAGGUUAUGUGGAGGCAUCGUCAAAUGCAACCAACUUGCGUAUUCGUGACGAAUCCUGAGCUCUCAGGGAACGUGCCCUUAGUGCUAGGGCCAGAAUGUCCUCCAUCAGUCACGCGUACCCCAUCAGUGCCUUCUGAUGAUGUGCAAAAUGAUCAUACUUACACUGCACCUGAUUAUGGACUAACAGAAGAAGACGAGACAUAUAAGAAUGAUGCUUUACGGCUUCUAUCUUUUAUUAAUUGGGAUGACUCGUCAGUUUCCCGCCAAUCGCUCGUAAAUGCUGGCUUCUAUCACGCCGGUGAGGGUCGUCUCCGUUGUGCCUGGUGUGGAGGAGAGUUGUCCCCCCACAACCACUUCACCUCCGCCACACCUCUUGAAGUGCACCGAAUGUAUUUCUCUCGGUGUCAGCACGCAGCGAGCUUGGAAGCAGCUCAGCAGGCGCAGGCGGGCAACAUAUCCACCACGUCGUCCCCGGCACUCUCGCCGUCACCACCCAACGACACGCCGCGCGUCGAGUCACCAUCUGCUAACUUGAAUAACCUGCCGCAAUCGUCAGGUGCAGCUCAUAACGAGCGUGUGUUAAGUCAGGGUGGUACAUGGCGUAACCUGGGCGUGGUGGGCGGUGGAGCGCGCCACCCUCAGUACGCGUCACUGGCGGCGCGACUCGCCAGCUUCGAGCGAUGGCCCGCGGACAGGCAGCAAGCGCCACGGACACUCGCUGAGGCUGGCUUCUUCCACACCGGUACUGAUGAUCAGGUGCGUUGUUUCUACUGCGACGGCGGGCUGGGCAAGUGGGAGGCGGGCGACACGCCGUGGUCGGAGCACGCGCACUGGUUCCCGCACUGCGGGUACGUGCUGCUCGUCAAGGGACAGGAGUUCGUCGACACCUGCCGGAACCGAUCCUCGGUACAGCGAACUGUUAGUUUUUCUGAAAGUGGUCGCAAUGCGAGACGACGAAACGGUGAAAACUUUCCUAUCACAGAAAGUCAGGUAGAAGAAUGUAUGGAAAGUACAAUGGCGGCGGCGGCGUUGGGAGCUGGCUUAGAUGCUGCGCGCGUGCGACGAGCGAUUACCAACAGAUUACGAACUUGUGGAACUCCUUUCACUUCAUCAGAAGCGUUGAUAGACGCCGUCCUAGACGACCAACUCAAUGAAGAGCCGUGGUCUAUGACGCCACAGAGUCGACUCGCUCGGGACAUACUCUCUGAAACGUUCAGAGAAUUCGCACCAAGAUCUGGAAUUCCAUCUCAACACGUUGCCUUACUAACCCGUCCAUAUGGAAGUGACCAAAGUAGCAGUCCAGCUCGGUCAAUGACCCCUGAUGAUGACGAUGACGAUUCGGAAAAUGACGUUAAUAAUCGUGAUGUGCCUUACAGCACUAGCGAACAAGCCAGACGGUCGCCUGCAAGGGACGUAGACAAUAGUAAUACAGCAACUAAACCUAAAAAUGAAGUUAAAAGUGACAAUGACAAUGCGCAAGAGUCACCUGCGCAGGAGACGAAGAAAUUGUCGCUAGAAGAAGAGAAUAGACAGCUGAAAGAAGCUAGAUUAUGUAAAGUGUGCAUGGAUUGUGAGGUGAGCGUGGUGUUCCUGCCGUGCGGGCACCUGGUGUCGUGCGCGCGGUGCGGCGCGGCGCUGCCCGCCUGCCCGCUGUGUCGCGCGCCCGUGCGCGCCCUCGUGCGGGCCUACCUCGCCUGACCACACAUCGAACAAAGUGCAAUUAAAACACGGUACUAUUCACUCUCAACUGCUACUACAACUAAAUAUUAUAUUAGUUAUGGGUUACUAGCUCAUUAAAAUUUAACGAUACAAAAUGUUUGACCUGUCAGUUAUAAAUUAAUAUCUUAUAAGACAUAACAUUGGGCCUACAUUUUGAGUAACAUUAAAAAUAAAGAAACACAAAAAAAUCACAAUAAAGACAAAAUAAAUAAAAAAAUACGAUAAAGUAAUCUCGGUAGUUUUUUUUAAUAUAAUUUCGUAAAAAUGAAACCAAAAACAAUGCGUUAUAUGUACCUUCUCGCUACAAAAGUGUAUAGUGGAUAUAAAAGAUUGAUGACUAUGCCAAAAAAUAUUACCUGUAUCAGUAUGACCAGUGAAAUUAAUUUAAUGUCGGUUUUUUUAUAUAAUUUUAGUGUUCUUUACACUAAAUACACCAUGGAAUCUACAUACGAGCCACAAUAGUGAAAGAUUUAUGUGAUUUUUUAAACUUAAUAUGAAGCAUAAAGAAAGGAUAUGAUUUUGUGGUGAGAUGGUGGAACUAUAAAAAUAUUAUAGUGGCUUAAGCUUUUCCCAGUGUAGCCCAUAAACUUAAAUAAAAAUAAAAAAUAUGGCAAUUCUUCCAAAGCUAGCUUUACUAUGCAUGCAUCUAUAAUAAAAUUUACAUAAUUGGUAAUAAUAAUUACAGCUCAAAGGAAAAAUGAAAUUGUUAUUUAUUGUCAGUAUAAUGUUAACAAAAUUAUAAAAUUCGUAGUUUAACUACUAUUCUAAAUAAUAAUGUUGUUCUAAUAUUAAUAAUAUCUAAGGUUAUAAAUUAAAUGUUGGUACUAAUCGGUAAAAUGGAAAUGAAGUUUAUGUAAAUGUGCUACCGAUUUAUAAAUUUAAUUUAAUUUAUCAUGUUGGAAUAAUAUAUCUGACUUUUGAAUCAACGAAAAUGUGCAAUAAUGUUUUUGGCUUGACUGCGUGUGUAUAUUGAUAUUAAAUAAUGGCAUUAUUGAAACAAAAUAUGAAUUAAACAAUUUUGAACAAUGAGGGAUAUUGAGUAUGGAGAUGAGAAGAAAGUUCUAUGGGAGUCAAACAGAAAAUGUUUAUCGAAAUUCAAUAAAUACAUGGCACUGCUGUAGUGAUUGAUAGUGCUGUAUCUUUGUUUCUAUUAAUUAAUAGUUAAUAAUUAUUGUAUGCACUACAAUAACAUUUAAAAUAAUAAGCACUGCAUGAAUAAAAUUGACAAAAUAUGAUCCAGAGGCACUUUUUAUUUUCCAACUUGGAUGCCUGGCAAUUGGUUCUUAAUAAAAAAAAUGUAUGUACUUUGUCAUCUCUAUACUCGAUGAAAAUAAUACAGUAUGUUCCAAAUAAGAAUGGUGAGAUUCCUAUAUGUUAAUUUGUCACUUGAAAAUAGGUACAAAUACAGAUUUCAAAGGUUGAUGAUGAAAUAAUAAUCGAUAGAAGACAUGAUACGGCAGAAAAUCUAUCCUGUUCUUAAUUGAAACACAUUGUACUUGAACAGGUUCUUCCUACUAAGUUAUUAACUGGUUUAUCUCUCAUUUUCUCUAUUCUGAAUAAUAAUUAUGGUCGUAAACGGAACAAACAAAAAUGUCUUCGCCCCAAUUUUACACAUUAAAAAUAAGGUACUUAUUAUUAUGUUUAACUAGUUAUUGUAGUACGUGAAAAUGAGUUUGUAUGUAGUAAAAUUUUACUGAAGCAUUUUAUAAUGCUCAUAUAAAAAAAAAAUAGUGCAUGAACAUGUAACAAGAAAAUAGUAAACAUUGUGCAAUUCAAUGUAAUGAGUUAUUUGCAAAUAGGUUUAUUUAUUAAUUUAUUUUCCAUCUGUAUAGUUUUUUAGGCUGUGGUUAAUACAGAGAAGGCUGAUGUAACUGUCAUAAUGUAAUUUACAUGCCUUCUCGACGUAAUAUAGAAAGUAUGGAAGUUUUAGUGAUUUAAGAUGAUCUGAUAUUACAGCAGUCAUGACUUGCUUUACAUACUUACAUGGAUAAAGUGAAAACUAAAUACAAGAACACACUAUUAAAGGGUGAUUUUCCCAAAAACAAAAAACAAAGUUAACGGCGUCAUUGUCUCAACCAAAAGUUAACAAUUCUGCCGAUAGCAACACAAAAUUUGGUUACAAUAAAUUAAGCUGUGACACUGCUCUCAACCAAUCCAAUAAAAAUAAGGAUGAUAACAAGCUACCACGAUGCUUAAUAACGCGAUGUUUAAUAAAAUCACAAUGUGUUUUCUAUUGUUGUCUUAUAUACAGCAUACGACGUGUUAAUAAAGCGGGAGAAUAAUGAUUUGUUAAAGUUAGUUGUGAAAAUAAAAACUAACUAGUAAAACUAUCCACUAAGGAUGAUGUUUGAGUAAGUAUGUAUCAUGAACGUAUGAGUGUAAUAAGAAUUGAUUGUAUGUGGCAGUCGUUAAUGAAAAUUUUUGUACGCAUGUAUUAAUUACUGGUACUGGGUACUAUAAUUUAGUGUGAGGCAAGUCAUGAAUAUUGUGUUGUCCUUGUUAAGGUGAUGCCGCACCAUUGUUCAUCGUUAACGAGUAGUAAGAACUAUGGCCUUUGUAUACACUGCCUAGCGUCGGAAUAUCGUGUAAGCGCCCUCUAUACACCUAGGUGAAUCGACGACAAGCUGACGUGGCAAAGAGAUAGUUAUACUAAAAUAUAAUAUACAUUAAUUAUUAUUAGAUUUUUGUAAAAAUAAAAUGAAAUGAUUGAUCAGUUUUUGAACUUGUUUUAAAACAUGGUAAUAUCCCUGUCCCUAGUAAAAUAUAACAAGCUUUUCUGAAAACAACGAAGUGAUCUUUAAAAGUAUCGUUUCAUUGUCCUUUUAGAAUAUCGGACCUGUAAGAAUGAAUUAUUAAAUUAAAUACAUUACUUACAAUUUUCUUAUUUCUGUUACUUUGUCUCUUGCCUGAUACAUAUCCGCUAAUCGUCGGUUUACCCAACGCGUGUGUGUUAUGUCAAGUAAGUAAUUGAUAUUGUUACGUUGUACGUAGGUUAGUUUGUAAAGCAGUGUCAUUUUGUAAUAUCAUGGUACUCAAAUAAACUGGUUUGAAACCUUACCAUAUGGUA